GUGCUGCUUUGCACCGACAUCGCGGCGCGCGGGCUCAAUCUGGAUGGCGUCCACUGGGUGGUGCAGUACGACCCGCCGCAGGACCACUCCGAGUACGUCCACCGUGUCGGCCGCACGGCGCGGCUCGGCCAGCAGGGCCGCGCCCUCCUCUUCCUCCAGCCGAGCGAGCGGGGCUACCUUGAGCUGCUGCAGGGCGCCGGCGUCUCGCUCGACGAGCUCAAGUUCGCGUCGGUCCAGCAGGCGCUGUGCGGCCGCAACGCCACGUCGCGCGACGUCUACAUGACGGAGCUCGCCCUCCAGAAGCAGCUCGAGUCGACCGUGGCCACGGAGCCGCUGCUGCACGGCCUCGCGGCCGGCGCGUACCAGUCCUUCCUGCGCGCCUACUCUGCGCACUCCAAGGCGGAGAAGAGGGUGCUGCACGUCUCGCAGCUCCACCUCGGCCACCUCGCAAAGUCUUUUGCGCUGCAAGAGACGCCCUCGCUCAUCUCGAGGCAGCAGGCCAAG